AUGCCGAACGUUGAGCGUUGGGCGAUCUUUGUUGUGGCCGAGGUGGAGGUUGUUGACCCGAAGCAUGAGCGUCAUUUGCUGAGGGUUGUGCAUGCGAACUGCCUUAUGACCUACUCUGGUGUGGUGGAUGGAGGUGUUCGCCCCCGAGCCCUUUCAGCGGCAAUCAACGGCGAUGGACAGCCUGCCAGUGCCAGCCAUUUAGACGAGCCCCCGGUGAUCCGGUUGGACAGCACGGUCGAAACGGAUGGACGACAUCUGGAUUUGGCGGUGCUGUCGCUGUUGGAAGGGGAGAACUUUUACGAACCCAGCGGCAUCAACGAGGUCGACGCUUCCGGAAUCCUGGUGAAUGCGCCGACCUCGGAAAAAGACUACAAGAUCGAUUUUUGCCUUGACGGGCUUGCAGAGGAUGCCAAGGCUAUAAGUCUCCACCUUCUGCGCCUUCCGGGCACGGACUUCGUGGACAUCAUUGAAGGUGCUCUGUUUGCUCCGGCACCUAGCUGCAAUUUACCUGCGCAGAGCAGUCUUAGGAGUGAGCUCGAGGUUUUGAGGCUGAGGGUUCAGGUGCUUGAGGAGCGAUUGAUUGCACGUGAGGCAGAGCGUCCCAGCCCCACUGCAAGCGCUGGGUCUGAGGGAUUCAGUGUGGUCACUUCUGCUCCUGGGCAGAGUGGAUACAUCCUCGCUGAGGACACCGAGGAACGGCUUGAGUUGGCCAAGGAGUGUGGAAGAUUCCUAAGAAGAGCUUACUCAGGAGUGUAUCGAGGCACUUCAGGGCGAGAUCGCCUCAAGCUAGGCAGUAGAGUGUACGUGGUGCUAGCCGACUUCUCAGGCAGAAAGUUCGACCAGCCCAAGGUCUUUGAGAGGUUCAGUGAGGUCAAAGAUUUGUGCAAGAGGGGCCCAGACGCAGGAUCGUCUGUCUUCCUAGGAUUUGCAACUCAGUGGGAAGCGAAGCUUGCUGUGAAUCGAGUGGCCGUCUCGUCGUUGAGAUGGCUGAGGCAGACGAGCGGUGAGAUUCAUCCUGAUACUCAUCGCUGCAGAUUGAAUUUCCUGAGUCCUGAGGGGGCAGACGUUUCAGUAGCCUUUGUUCCCAUUGUACACGUUGAAGGCAAGCUUUUGGUUGCAGUCCCCUUUGUUGCUUGGCACAGAACGGCGAGCAGGAGGCUGUUGCCGAAAGGGGCUUUGUCUAAGCCUGUCCCGGUCGAAGUAUCGGGCACGCUUGUUGAGGAGGCUGCUGAGGAGGAGAGUAUAGAUAUAACCACCAAGGCAUGGGUGGGAUUUUUGAGCGCAGAGCUUUUGCAAGCCGCAGUGAUUGGCGAACCCGAAGAAGGAGCAAUCACUGCAGAAUUUGGAGAAGAGUUGGAAGUGCGAGUUCAACUUUCAGCUCUAGUUCUGGUCGCCAUUGCCGACGAGCACUUCAGUUUUGUGUCGGCCCAGUCGGGACCUGCAUCAGUGGCUGCCUCUCCGUCUUUGCGAUCAGCUGCAGGCUUGUCAGAGGUGGUCUCAUUUGUUCGGAAGCAGAAGAGCAAAGGAGGAGAUGCUGGAGCAGCAGCGAAGAAGCAAGAACCAAACCUCUGUCCGGGACUAGACCCGGCAGUCGUGGCUGCCGCGAGGCAGUCGGGUUUUCCAGAAGAUCAGCUUCAAAAACUAGCUGCUUUGGCUCGCAAGCCCGUCCGCAUGGACGAUGUGCCUCCGAAGAAGCCGCGCCAGCGGGGCGUCCUUUCAGAGAGCGAGGAGGCCGAGGCAGAUUUGGAGGGAGAAGACGAGGAGGCCACAGCAGAAGGGCCCCCUAUCGAGCGAGCCAUUUUGCAGCUCACCAAAGUCGUGAAGACUUUAGCAAAGAGCAAGCAAGGGAAGCUCGAGGUCAAAGGCAGCAGCAUACAAAAAGUUGAAGAGCGCUUUGAAGGAGAAUCCGGACUGGCUGUGGGAAGUGUGGAAAGCCAGAUGGCAGAGGACUUCACAACUCUGAAGUCGGGGCCUGGUUUGGAACAGCUCCCGGUGACAUCACGGUCGUGGCUGGAGCACCGCAGUCGCCUUCUCAACUUUCCUACGUCGAUCAGAGCUGCCUGGCUGAUUGCCGGCAUCCACGAUUGCUUGCGAAGGAAUCAAGUGGGCGAAGCCAGAGCACGAGCAGCCGUGGCUCUUCUAGCCUACGACCAAGCUGCCCUGGAUGGAGGAAGUUGGCAGCUUGCCCAAGAACUUGUUCUCGAGCUUCCACCUCCCUACUCGUCCUUCCAGGGGAAGCGAGCACCGGAGCCCAGCGAGCAAGCGUGGUCUCGUUUGGCAGACGAGAGGUUUUUGGAGUUAGCCCUUUGGCGCCUGAAAGACCGGGACUCCUUCUUAGAAAGCAGAAAGAGGCUGAGCCAGGGUUACAAAGAGGGAGCCAGAAGGUUGAAGAAGCGCGCCGAAGAGCGCGCUGAGGUCGACCUGCAGAAAGAGGUCUGGCCGAUGCCGCUGCCCUAUCCAGAAGUGCACACUUCUCGAAGAUCCAGGUUGAAGGAGUGUGGGCCAUUGAAAGUGUGCACAAACUAUGUAGUGGCGGUCUUGUCGUGGCUGCACUUGGGUGAGAAGCGUAAGCCUACUGAGGAGUUGGGCUUGGGUCUUGGAACCAAGCUAAACAGGGAUCAGUGGAAGGCUGUACACAGAAUGCAGCCCCUCUUCUCCACUUGGCUUGAUGGAGGCACUGUGACGCCAGAGGAUAUGGGCAGGACAGCAGCCAAAGUCGAGUCAAUUGAGGCCGUCUUAGCGAGGCUUGAGGAGGUUGCAGAGGAGGUCAAAGAGGGCCUUGGAGGUUACAAGGGAUGCAGGCGAAGCCACAAGCCAGCGUUUUCGUUUGAAGAGGAACAUGAGGCUGAGGUCUUGGGGCGGGUUGGUUCAAAUCUGGAGCAUGUCGCCAAGGAUAUUGAACCUCAUAGGCUGAAGUUUGUCGGAGAGCCUAGUUUUGACCCGACGCCGUUUUUAGACUAUGCCAACAGAGAGCAGUACAACAGACCUUUGGACUUGAGUUUUGAGGAGAGUCUGGAGGAUUUGGACCUUCCUAGAGUGAAGGUUCGUUGCAAGAGAGGUCAGGGCGUGCAGCUUCUAGAAAAGUUGGACAGUGUCAAGCGUUUGGCUUUAGUUCCCCUCAAGGAGGUGCGGGAGCAUUUGCUGAAUGGCAUGUUUUGUUUGCCAAAGGAUCAGCACCGAGACAGGAUGAUCCUCGAUGCAAGGCGACCCAAUGCUGUCGAAGCUUCUGAACGUCGAUGGGUCUACAGCUUGGGGUCGACAUGCCAACUGAACCACAUCCACUUGAAAGAGGAUGAAAUUUUGCUGAUCCACGCUGAGGACCUUCGAGAGUUCUACCACUGCUUUCUAGUGUCAGAACAGCGCUGCAGACGGAAUGGGCUUCAGAUGAAAGUCAAGCCCGAAGAGGUGCAGCAUUUGCAGUGUUUUGAGGCUUGGAUGGCAGCUGAGGAUCAUCUAGUGCCUUGUUUAGCCACAAUGGCCAUGGGAGACACAAAUGCUGUAGCGUUUGGGCAGUGUGCACAUUUGUCAGUCAUCCUUCGGACCAACGUCUUUGAACUUGAGGAUUUCCUGACCUUGAAGCAGCGGCCUAACCGCAAGUCGAUCAAAUGUGGCUUGAUGAUCGACGAUUUUGUAGUUUUGGAGGUCCACAAGGGACAAGAAGCGCCUUGUAAAGAGGAUGCAGAGACAGAGGGCAGAAAGCGCAUGCUCAAGGUGAGGGAGGCUUACGUUGAGGCGGGUCUGCCAAGACAUGAGGGCAAAGCAGUUGAACAGGAGGAGAAAGGCGAGUUUUGGGGCUACGAGGUCGAUGGGAAGAGAGGGUUGGCUCGACCCAGUCUGAAGCGUUUGAUCCCACUUUGCUUCAUCUUGUGCAGAGUUGUCGCACUUGGGAAGAUCAGCGUAGGACUGCUUGAGGUUAUCGCAGGAGCCCUCGUGGCAGCUUUUCAGUGUCGCCGCAGACUGAUGUCAGCUUUGCAAGAGGUUUAUAGAGCUCAGAGGGGCAGAAGCAGGGCAGAGGUCGUCAGGAUGAGCAUGAAGCUUAAGGAAGAACUGCUUGUUUGUCUGGGUCUUUUGCCUUUAGCUGUGGUAGACAUGAGACUGCGGCCGUCAGCAAAGUUAGUUUGCAGCGAUGCUUCGACAGAAUGCGAAGCAGCAGUUCAAGCUGAAGUAGGCCGCAGCUCUUCAGCAGCGGUCAAUGAGUUGCUUCGGCAGAGUUUGCCGGAGCACUGCGGAACCAAUGUUAGAGGGUACUACGGGUAUUGCAGGAGCAGCUUGAAUCCUGCAGAUGACCCGACCCGUAAAGCAGCAUUGCGGAAGCCCUCCAUCUGUUUGCCAGCGUGGUGGGGUGAGAUAGCUGAGGGAGAUUUUGAGCAGUUUGAUGACUUCCUCUUUCAGCACGGUGUCCAUACGGCUCAAAGCGCUGAAUUGCCCAGCGCUGAUGAGCUCUUGCCCGAUCUCGAGCUCGAUUGGCGGAACUCCCGCCAGUUGAAGAGCGACAGAGGUCGCAACCUGAGGAAAAGAGAGCGGAAAGGAGCCAGCGACUCCGGCCGUUUGACUCCAGACUCGUGCAGCAGUGCCCCCUCCGAACCGGCGCGGCUCUCUUCUUCGUCAGAGCAGACGUCAUCGUCCAGGCGUACUGCUGUUGCCGUUUCCGGUGAAGAGGGGACCACAAGCGGCCGAGCGGGUCGGGGCUCAGAGGGGAACGCUGAGAGAAGGGUUCCACCAGACAAUUCAAAGGACCCCUGUAGCAGCCGAGCAGGAGCUGCGUUGACAGGAACAAGGCUAGAUGUGCUCUGCCUAUUCGACCACAGCCAGUUUGUGUAUGACAAGACGCGUUUUGAGAGUUUGGCAGAAGCAGUUUCCUCCGGGCCAGGUCUCCUAGAUUUGUACUCAGGUGCGAGAGGCUUCAGUAAAGCUCUGGUGCGUCUUGGCUGCCCCUGGGCUGUUUGCUUCGAUUUGAAGCAUUCUAUACGUGAGGACCUUAGCAACCCACUUACCCAAAGAACUCUCCUGAAAGGCCUUAGUUUAGGUUGGUUUUUAGCCAUGGCAGCGUCGCCGGUUUGUGCGAGCUUCUCCACUGCAAUCACCCCGCCAUGGCGGACGAAACUUCACCCAGGCGGCAAGCCGGGACUGACUGAGGUGCAACAACUAAAAAUUCAGCUGGGGCAAGAACAGCUUGCUUUCGUUUUGGAACUGGUUUCUGUUUGCCUGCAGUUUGAAAUUUUGUUCUGGGUUGAGAAUCCAGAUCAGUCUUGGUUUUGGAAACAACAGGGCGAGCUUAGCUGGGAUAAACUGAGCGAAAACUAUGGUGACAAACUGGGUGAUUUUAGGUGCGACCAGUGCCGCUUUGGCACGCUGUGGAGAAAGAGGACGCGUUUUCGAACUAGCUGCCACUUAAAAGGUCAGAAGGAGAUGUGUUGCUGCAACAAGCCUCACGUUGUUUUGCGAGGCCGGGACAAGAGCAAGGGCAUGAACUUCACAAAGUUAGCUGAGAGCUACCCACGUAGACUGUGUAGUUUUCUAGCUGGUGCUUUUGCAAUUGACCUGGAGCUACAAGGAAAGUGCAGAAAAUUGGAUUUAGCUGGAUGUGCAAAAGUGACCCACUGCAGGAUUGGAGAAGCUGAAAACCCGGGACCUAGAAACCGGGUUCCCAGAGCAGAUAGAAACAUCUAUGACUUCAAUUUGCUUGAGCCUGGGACUAUUCUCAUGCGGGCGCGUUUUUGGAAGAAGUUUCAGGAAUGGGCAGAGGCAAACCUAGGUGAAGGAGCUGCUGGAAACCUUGCGGAAAAUCCUGGGCUUUUAGUCUCCGCCCUUGAAGCAUUUGGUGCUGAUAGUUUUUCUGCAGGCAUGCCUCUCCUUUAUUUCCGGCAGUUGGUAGUACAUGUGCAGUCAGAGUUUCCAGCAACUCGAGCUUAUGCUAGUGCACUUUGGGCGCUGAUCAGCAGAUGGGAAAUAGCUGAACCUACUCAGCAUAGGACUCCGAUCCCGGAGUCGUUGGUUCGAGCUAUGGCAAGUCUCAGCAUUCUCUGGGGCUGGCGACGUUUUGCUUCCACAAUUCUGCUUUGUUUCUACGGCAUUUGCAGGAUAGGAGAAGUGCUCAAAGCGAAGCGCUGUGACUUGCUGACACCGGAAGACUUGCUAUGGGAAGAUCCUGAUGUUGUUUACUUGCGCAUCAAUGUGCCCAAAAGCCGCGGCAGAGGUCCGAAAGUGCAGUAUGCUACGUGCAAAGUUCCAAGCGUAGUGAAGCUGCUUUGCAAGACCUGGCGAAGAAUGAGUUCUGAGGAGCUUCUGUGCGGAAGCUCGCCUUCUUCAUUUCGGAGAAGGUGGGACGCUUUGCUGAAGCAUCUGGGUGUGGACAAAAAGUUGAGGCUGACUCCAGGGUCGUUGAGAGGUGGUGGAGCAGUAGCUGCACACAAGCGUGGUCAGCCGAUCCAAGACUUGCUGUGGAACAUGAGGCUGCAACACCAGAAAACUUUAGGCUAUUACUUGCAAGAAGUAACAGUCAGCUUGACCUUCUCAAACUUGACAGGUGCAGCAUGGAGUGGAGAAAAUGCCUUGAAGCACCAGCUACCUUUUCUUUUGGAUGGAGCCGGCUCAUCCCGCAGCGCAGAGCUGCGACAAUUUCAGGUCGCCUUUGGCUCUGCGGCGGACUUGGAGAUCCACCUUUGUACAUCCAAGGAGUCGGCAGUUGCCCUGGAGCACCUCUAUUUGCAGGUGUCGGAUCUGCAGGAGAACGGUGAAGCCUCGUUGGCAACAGAUGGUGAAGCCAUUUUUCGAGGGUUCGAGGCCAUUCGAUAUCCCGGCAAGUCGUGGAUCCAAGCCUCGAAGUUGGCGUCCAGUGGUAGUGACGAAGACCAGGAAUGGGUGGCUCCCAGCGGCCCAGCACCGGUGGUGCUCUUUCGCAAGCAGGGGAAGAUCAAGGUGACCCUGCGAGCGAAGCCUCAAGGUCCCUUCACGGGCCCCGGACGACGCUUUUUGUUGCAACUACAUUCUCCUGAUGUGAAGGAACAUCGAAAGGCGGUAAAGCCAGGAGGCAUCAUCCAAGAGGUGGACCCUGCCGCUUGUGGGGUCAUUUUGCAGUUUCCCAUAGGAACUGUUCCGCAGCCACAUCACCUGCACCACGCUGCCGCACUCGGCAAGGCGCCCAUGUUGCCCAGUAAGAUGGGCACCAUGCUGAAGAUGGGACACGAAAACGAGCUAAAGGACAUUGCUUCAGGGGUCGGGGAUGUCAUGACUUGGUGCAAGGAAGCAACUAAGCAACGGUGGCCAGGAAUUUUGCUUGGGACGGCCUCUGAAGAAACUCGUGGCGCAGUCGAACAUGGCCAUUGGCAUCGGACAUUGAAGGAUCCGGCAAUGGCGGUGGAUUUCGAUGCUGAUCGAGCGCUGAUUCGAGACCUCGCCCGUGAAGUUCCAGCGGAAAUACUCCGCACCGGGGGCACCGGGUGCAACGGUCCCAGAUUCCUGGCGACAAAUUCCGUUUCAGCAGCGCUGGCGGGUUGA